GCGCUCCUGCCCGCCCCUCUGGACUGGCAGCCGGGCUGGGCUGGCAGCUUGCGACGGGAGGGAGCCGAGGCAGGGCCUGAGCAGAGGCCCGGCGGCGCCGGAGCUGGGAGCUGGCGGGAGCCGGACCCAGAGCUCCCCCGGCAGCCCCCUCCCUGGGCCAGGUCAUGCGCUGCUCCAAGUGUCUGCUCUGCCUGUCAGCACUGCUCACGCUCCUGGGCCUCAAAGUGUACAUCGAGUGGACCUCGGAGUCCCGGGUCAAGGCGUACCCACAACCCCGGGGCACCCUGCCAGACCCCACCGCCGCCAGUGCCGAGCCCACCCUGCCCGCCAACCUCUCCGCUCGCCUGGGCCAAACUAGCCUGCUCCCCUCAGCUUACUGGAACCAGCAGCAGUGGCGGCUGGGGACCCUGCCCAGUGAGGGCCCUGAGACAGGAGGCUGCCAGGCGUGGGGUACCGCCGCCGCCGCCGAGAUCCCUGACUUUGCCUCCUACCCUGAAGACCUCCGCCACUUCUUGCUGUCAGCCGCCUGCCGGAGCUUCCCGCAGUGGCUGCCUGCAGGUGAAGACAGCCAGGUGGCCAGCUGCUCCGACACUGAUGUCCCCUACUUACUGCUGGCUGUCAAGUCGGAACCAGGACGUUUUGCACAACGCCAGGCUGUAAGGGAGACGUGGGGCGGCGCAGCUCCUGGGAUCAGGCUGCUCUUCUUGCUGGGAUCCCCAGUGGGCAAGGGGGGACCUGACCUACGCGCACUGGUGACCUGGGAGAGCCGUCGCUACAGUGACCUGCUGCUGUGGGACUUCCUUGAUGUCCUCUAUAACCAAACACUCAAAGACCUGCUGCUACUGACCUGGGUGGGUCACCACUGCCCUGAUGUGAAUUUCGUCCUGCAAGUUCAGGAUGACGCCUUUGUGCACAUCCCUGCCCUGCUGGGCCACCUGCGGGCCCUGCCACCCACCUGGGCAAGAAGCCUCUAUCUAGGCGAGGUCUUUACCCAGGCCAAGCCUCUCCGGAAGCCUGGAGGGCCCUUCUACGUGCCUGGAUCCUUCUUUGAAGGUGACUACCCAGCCUAUGCAAGUGGAGGCGGCUACGUCAUCGCGGGGCGCCUGGCUCCCUGGCUACUGCAGGCAGCAGCCCGUGUGGCCCCCUUUCCUUUUGGUGACGUCUACACUGGCCUCUGCUUCCGUGCUCUGGGCCUGGUACCCCGGGGCCACUCAGGCUUCCUCACAGCCUGGCCAGCAGACCACACCAUGGAGCCCUGCGUUCUUCGAGACCUGCUGCUUGUACGACCCCUCAGCCCCCAGGACACCAUCCGGCUCUGGAAACAACUUCGGAGCCCCAAGCUCAAGUGCUGACCUUCAUGGGUAGUCGGGGGAGGCAGGCCGGGGCCCCUGACGUCUGCCUGCCCAGCCCCUCCCUCCAGGCCUGGAUGGAGGGCGGGGGUCCUAGAACAGGACUGCAAGAGCACCUCCUGAGCCCUCUCUGGGGAGGGACAGGGCAGACAGGACAAAACAGCAGACUGUUUCAGUCUUGUUUUGUUUUUGAAAAACAUGCACUUCCCACUGUGA